CAGUCAUUUGAGCGUUAGCAGGUGGGGAGUUUGUUAAUGGUUUGUGCUACUGAUGUGAACUAUAGCAGUUUAUGCUUGGUUUAUUAUUAUUAUAUAUAUAUAAAAAAAGGCUAAAUACUUUCUUUAUGUGAAAUGCUGAAAUAAAAACAGUUUAACCCAUUAGGGCGUGGUCUUAAAGUUUGCCAGGGAGUUUAAAUUCAGUCGCUAUUUUUCUUUUCUGGUUUUAAUGACAUGGUUAAUGUAGUUUGUAGUGGAUGAAGCCAAUUGAAACAAGGUAGUUUUCAAUGUGAAUAUUUUCAUUCAACACGUUUUUUCUUCACAUUUUAAUUGUGUGAUUCAACGCAACAUGGCUUUUGCAAAAUUCAGCAAAAUCUUACGACUUUCCACUUUUGAGAAAAGGAAAACAAAACAGUAUGAACAUGUACAGAGGGAUUUGAACCCCAACGAUAUCUGGGAAAUUAUCGGAGAAUUGGGGGACGGAGCUUUUGGCAAAGUUUACAAGGCUAAAAACAAGGAGACUGGUGUGCUGGCUGCUGCAAAAGUGAUAGAGACGAAGAGUGAAGAAGAACUGGAGGAUUACAUGGUGGAAAUAGACAUCCUGGCAUCCUGUGACCACCAGUACAUCGUCAAACUACUGGAUGCCUUUUACUUUGAAAACCAGCUGUGGAUCAUGAUUGAAUUCUGCCCUGGAGGAGCAGUGGAUGCCACAAUGCUGGAGCUCGACAGGGGGCUGACUGAACCCCAGAUUAAGGUUAUUUGUCGUCAGAUGUUAGAAGCUUUGGUCUACCUCCACAGCAUGAAAAUCAUUCACCGUGACUUAAAGGCUGGAAACAUACUUCUGACACAGGAUGGAGACAUUAAACUUGCGGAUUUCGGGGUGUCUGCAAAGAACACCAAAACUCUGCAGAGAAGAGACUCCUUCAUUGGAACCCCUUACUGGAUGGCUCCAGAGGUAGUGAUGUGCGAGACCAUGAAGGACACCCCAUAUGAUUACAAGGCUGAUAUCUGGUCUCUGGGAAUCACCCUGAUAGAGAUGGCACAGAUUGAGCCCCCGCAUCACGAGCUGAACCCAAUGAGGGUCCUGUUGAAGAUCGCUAAAUCAGAUCCACCCUCUCUUGACGUGCCCUCAAAGUGGACACCAGAGUUUAAGGAUUUCCUUAAGAAGUCAUUGGAUAAGAACCCAGAGAACCGGCCAAGUGCAAUGCAGCUACUGGAGCACCCCUUUGUUUGCAAAGUCAACUCAAACAAGCCGGUGAGGGAGCUGGUUGCCGAGGCAAAGGCUGAAGUGAUGGAGGAAAUAGAGGACAACAGGGAGGAAGGAGAAGACGAUGAUGCAGCAGAAGUGACAGCUCCUCCAGGUACAGAUGCUAAAGAUCCUUCUGAAACAAGCCAGAACAGUUUUGAAGGCGAGCAGCCAAAGGAGCCCACGCAGACUAAAGAAGUCGACUGUAUCAAGACCCCCAACUCGCCUCUACCCAAGGACCAGUCGGAUAAACUCAGCGACAAGAUUUCCGAUGAAGGAAUUGGCAGCAGCGACACGGACAAAACUGAGAGCGAAAAGUCUCUAAAGAUAAGCAGCUCUGAUUCCGGAACUGAAGAUGGCAAAAGUACCCCGACUCUGGAGGAGGAAGAGAAACCCAGAUCAGGGACAGAGGCCGAGCCCCCAGCGCCUGCAGAACCGUCAAAGACUACCCAGGAACCCCUGCCUGAGAUCGACUACAACACCAUGAGCCCGUCGGCACCCGCAGUACCUGUGAUACAGCUCACACCUGUCAUCAAACCCGAUGUAGAAAUGAACGAAAGUGCGGAAAAAGAUCAAACACACCAGAAAUCGCUGGAGGCAGAACCCAUGGACUCUUCAACACCAGUGGCCAAUGACAAAUCGAAACGAUAUUCCGACUAUGGCAGCGUGUCCGCCUCCGACAGCAUGGAUCUGAUCCUUAACCUGUCCGGAGAUCUUUCUCUGAACAAGGAGACUGGAUCAAUAUCGAUGCGGGACUCAAAGUUUUGCAGCAAGACCCUGAAACGGACCAGGAAGUUUGUUGUGGAUGGGGUGGAGGUCAGUGUAACCACCUCCAAGAUCAUCGGAGACGAUGAAAAAAAAGAUGAGGAGAUGAGAUUCCUGAGGCGGCAGGAGUUACGGGAUCUGCGUCUGUUACAGAAGGAGGAGCACCGGGCCCAGACACAGCUCAACACCAAGCUGAUACACCAGAGGGAGCAGAUGUUCCGCCGCUUCGACCAGGAAAUGAAUGCAAAGAAGAAGUUCUAUGACACAGAGCUGGAGAAUCUGGAAAGGCAGCAGAAGCAGAUGGUUGAGAAGAUGGAGCAGGAUCACGUGACCCGCCUGCGCGACGAGUGCAAGAAGAUCCGGGCAGAACAAGAACGCGAGUCUAGCAAGUUUCAGGAGAAGCUCAAGCAGAAGAAGAAAGAGAUUAAAAGUGAAGUUGAGAAAAUGCCCAGACAGCAACGAAAGGAAACCAUGAAACAGAAGAUGAAUGACUUUGCACAGUCAAAGCAGACACAGGAACAGGACUUUUUGGCUGCCCAGAAGGACCAUUUGGAUAGUACCCUGAAGAGGAUCAUUGCCGAAAAUAAACGAGAGAUCUCAGAAUUAGAGCGCGAGUGUCUCAACAAAAAGCAGCAGAUGAUGAGAGAGCGGGAAGCAACAAUCUGGGAGCAAGAAGAACACAACUUGCAGGAGAAGCACCAGCUAAUGAAACAGCAACUCAAAGACCAGUACUUCCUGCAGAGACACCAGCUUCUCAAGAAGCAUGACAAGGAGCAGGAACAGAUGCAGCACUAUAACCAGAGGAUGAUUGAGCAGCUGAAGGGCCGACAGCAGCAGGAGAAAGGAAGGCUGCCGAAGAUCCAGAGGAGUGAAGGGAAGACCAGAAUGAUGAUGUAUAAGAAGAGUUUGAGGAUUACCUCGACUGGGAGUCCGGCAGAGGACAGAGAGAAGAUCAAACAGUUUGCACAGCAGGAGGAGAAGAGGCAGAAGGCAGAGAGGCUACACCAGCAGCAGAAGCAUGAGAAUGUGAUGAGAGACAUGAUGGGCCAGUGUGACAGCAACCUCUGGGAGCUCCAGCAGCUACAGAAUGAGAAAUGCCAUCUUCUUAUUGAACAUGAGACCCAGAAACUGAAAGCACUGGAUGAGGAACACAAUCAGCAGCUAAAGGACUGGCGAGACCAGCUCAGACCCAGGAAGAAGGCCCUGGAAGACGAGCUGAACCUGAAGAAGAAAGAACAGGAGGAGUUCUUUAAGACGAGUGAAGAUUCUGAAUACGAGAGCCCAAGCUCUCCUAACAAAGUCGCCAAAUUCUUCCCUUUUAAUAACUCCACUGAUGUCUCCACCACCUAGCUAGACUGCAGCCAAGUGUCUCACUCGGGACCAAGGUGAAGACGUGUAGCAAGCAGUGGUACAAGAUACAGAGUCAGAACACACACACACACACACACACACACACACACACACACACACACACACACACACACACACACACACAAACCAGUCAACCAUUUGCAAGCAACAAGGUACCAUCGUCUUAUUUUAAAAAUUUGCAGGUUUUUUUCUUUUUUUUGUUGACCUUAUAUUGGCUGGCUCCAAAUUAUAGAAAUUAGAAUAUAUAUAUAAUUUUGUAUAACAUUAAUAAAUGGUAGAUUUGAAAUUGUGAAAAGGGGCCUUUUCAGGUAUUCUCAGCUGAAAUGUUUUUACGUUAUUUGUAUUUUAUUUUUUAAGUUUGAGAGUGUUCAUACUAAUUCUAAAAUGUUCUAGUUAUUUUGUUUGCAAUUUGGACUCCAUUCACGUCGACAAUAUAUUCAACACAUUUAUGGAGAGUUUUUAUGUAAAGUCACUCUAUCUGUAUCAUAGCUCAAAAUGGACUGCCAGUUCAAAUAAAUAAUGAAGGUAGUAAUACUGUAAUUAUAUUUCAGUACACUGGAUGUGAAGCUAGACAUUAAGUAAAAUAGUCUGUCUAAAUGUACAAGAGCCAAUAUAUAAUACAAUACCAGUGCUAUAUGUUGUUGGGCAAAAAAGGGGAGUAGUUUAAAUAUUAUGAAAACAAUGUUAAUGUAUUUUGUAUAAAAAAUAAAUUAGCAUAUACAGUCGAUAGUCAGAUUUGUUCCAGUUUCUACUUUAACAGUUUAAUGUACUGUAAACUUAGACUAUAUUUGAUUAUUUCUUUUGAUAGUGUCACUUUGCCAAGAAAGCAGCCUUUGUUGAAAAAAAAUAUAUAUAUAAUUUUUUUUUUUUUUUCCUCCUAAUGGGCAAAAAUGUUCCUUCAAGGGUUCUCUGCAAAUUGGUGUCAAUACAAUGGCACUAAAAUGAAGAAGAAAAAAAAAUAAAAAAUUGAAAGCUUUCAGCUUGGCUGUGUACAAAAGGUUUUCCCUGCAUUGCCAGAAUUAAGCAUGAAGUUCAUCCAACAGUUGCUGUUGUAAACUGAGGGUGCCAUGUAUUCACCAUGCAGGAGUUUGUCCAGUGUACUGUAUUUUUGUCCCUUUGUUCUUUUCUUCUCUCAACACCACAGACUGUAAAAGGAUUUACCUCACAAAGCUAUAUUUAAGUAAAUGCACUUUUGAAUUCCUUAAGGUAAUAGAAUAGUUUAGUAACUUUUUUUUUAUCGUUCUGUUUUAAAUGGGCAAAGUUGGGUUUGACAGCAGUGCAGACUUACAGAAUGCACAAUUUAAAGUACAGUGUCUACUGUGUUCAGUUAACAAUUGCCUCUUCAUUUUAGAAACCACUAUGUUGUAAAUAAGAGUCUUAUAAAAAUGGCACUUGAGUAUGUCUUUCUGGUACAAAGAAAACAAAAAUAACCUGUUAACUUUUUUUUUUUUUGUAUUAAAAAUGUUUGCAUAUCUUUACAA